GCGCAAUUGCGCAUGUCAGCAUCGGUGUCCAUAGCAACACUUUCAUUACACGCUGAUGUCUAUAGCAUGAAGCCGGGGCUUAUUUUAUAUUUUAGUUACAAUGUACCAUCGGGUAUCUGUAGUGAUUAGUCCAGCAAUCGAUUCUAAUCUUUACAGUUCAUUCUAAUGGCUGAAAAGAGGCGAUCUGGGGUCGCUGCGGACUCCAAAUCUGCCAAAGCCGAGAGCGAUGAGGAGUUUCUGUCUCAGGCCGGAGUGGAUGCGCUGCUCGGGUGCGCGCUGCUGAAACUGGUGCAGGCCCGACCCGAGGAUCCGAUAGGAUUUCUGGCUGAGCAUUUCACUAACGAGGCGUCGGAAACUGAGAGCGGUGGUGGAGGUGAUGGAGGAGACGGAGGAGAUGGUGAUGGAGGAAAAGAUGGAGAAGGGAAAUAUCAGGACGCGCUGGAGGAGCAGCAGCUGAACAAGGCGCUUUGGCACCUGAGUUUAGCGCAUCACUCACAGAGAUCUGCCUUCAGCAACAACAUCCGCGUGGCUUAUGAUCUGCUUAGUGAAUGUGGCACCACCCGGCAUGCACCAGGUGGAGUCCAGGGCCGACUCUACACUGAGAUGCUGCGGUGCGUGUGUAGUGACAGCGGCCUGUCGGAGAUGACGGCAGCCCCGCUCCUGCAUCGACUCCAGUGCCGUGAUUACGAGGCUGUACCCUUUGAGCUCUUUCGACAAGCAGUGAUGACGUGUGCAACGCUCUCCGAUUACCUCCACAGAGCACGAUGCUUGUAUACUGCCGUGGCUUGCAGUCCUGAGCAGCCUGCGGAGCGGGAAUUAUGUGAAACUGUCCUCAACGCCCUGCGAGAGGCACUGGACACCUCACAUGGGUCUGAAGCCACACGUUACCUAGAGGCCAGUGCCAAGAUCUCACCUGCUGAGCUGGCAAGGGCCAUGGCCAAAAAACGGGGUGCCAGCAGGGAGCAGGAAGGGCCGAGCAUGGACAUGCGUGAGUUUGAGGACGCUGCCGCAGCACUCUUUAUAGCCAGGGUGCAUGUGGUAAACUGAUUGUGUUCCUUCAGUUCAUAACAAAUGCAUUUGAAUUGAGUUUACUGACAUCGAAAAGAUACGAGUAAGUCCUUACACGUCUCCAUGUUCUGUAUUUACAUACAGUAUCCACUCUAUGUGCUAACUGUAGACAUACAUUUAACUAGUCUCAGCUCCCUGUAAGUCAAACACUCCCGAUUUUUUGAUGAGAGAGGGAAAGGAAAAUGACCAGACAAGUCUGAGCUGACAGGAAAACUACAAUAAAUCACUCUGUAACUACUCUUUACAACCAGGGUAAGCAGUCAAUAGUUUUUGUAGCCUUCGUUUCAGCUGAAGCCUUUCUAUCCGCUCUCCUCUGAUCUGUCUAUCAACAACCCCACAGACCUGCUGCUCACUGGAUAUAUAUUUUGUUAGACAAAAACGAAUCACCUUCUGAUCAGUUCUAUACACAGUUCAACAACACAGUGCAAAUGACACUUUAUUAAUUGUCAAUCAUAAAUCCUGAAUUAUUUAACUAUAAGAAUGAUAUAAAUCUGCAACUGCUAACCUCAGCAUGUUAUUUUAACCACGUGUUAUUACUUCUUAUACCCAGCAGAAGGAACACAAACUACCUUCUUAUACCAAACCUCUGCUGCUUUAGUUCCAAAUAUGGAUCCUGUUCUUGUUACCCGAUAAGUGGAAACUUGUUUGAGGUGAAAACAGCCCUGAGUCAUUUGAGCGAGUUACGGACGCAGAUAUUAUCAUGGAAAAUUUUUAAAAGUAGGUGAAUAAUUUAUGCCUGUAUUUAUUUUGCUAAUGCAGUGAUAAUGUUUCCAUGUCAUAUGUCCUUUUCAAUAAAAGACACAAAGGCACGUUUGAAUUUUCAAAAGAUUUUCGAAUCUCACUUUGAGUGUAGCUUCACUUGGAGUAUAGCUUCAGGUUUAGUCCUUCUUACACUCUGACACUGCUUAUGUCAAUAAUACCAAACCAGUCUGUAAUUAAAUAUGUACGUAUCUAGAGUCCAUUCACAUUCAGUACAUUAAUUCUAUAUAAUUAUGUACAAAUGUGUUGAAAUAAGAAAACAGACACUGAUAACGAUUCGCACAGCCUAGUUAACAUCUGUUAGAUCGUUCCCUUAGAAAUUUAAAUGAGUUUAGCUAUUGAUUUUGCAGUUUUCUUAAUGAGCACGGUAAUUUAAGGAAGCUGAUCCAGAUCUGGCUUUUAAGACAGUACACUUGUUCUACCACAGAGCUAUUUUUAGCUAUGCCGUUAGCCAAUAGUUAAUGUGUUGCUACGGUUAUCAGUACCGCUCUAUUAAUAGAACGACCUUGAGACAAGAAGAAAUCGUUCCGGCUAUAUGACACGCCAACAAUUUAUUUGCAUAAAUAAAAGGAGGCACAACAGAAACCAUGGAAACCUUUUGUUUGGCUCGCUUUGUAUCACAAGCGCAGUCAUGUGCUGUCUCCACAGACAACAUACAGGAAGUGAGAAGGAGAAGCGGAUGCACUACUGCACACGUUAUCAAACCUAAUGAGGAUCCGUGUGUAAAUAAUUCAGCAGGGUGUUUGUUACCAGAUCAUCCUCACCGACCCGGCACAAAGCCCAGACUACUGGGUUUGUGUCGAUUUUUCCAGUGGAAUGACAGUAGUAAUAGUAAUCCCUUCAGAGUCUUCUGGACCCUGAAGCAAGCACGUCUGUCCCAUCUGCUCAUGCUUUGUGCUGCUAGGCUUUACAACUGACAUCAUGCAACGCUGCACUGAUCAAUCGAUCCGCCGUAUUGUCUGACAGAGCUGCGUGUUUUUGUUAAGCAAAAAACCUCACAUGAUUAAAAAGACUUCAGAAACAACUUAAGGAUGUGCAGACAAGGUAUUUUAAGACACAUGACUUAACAAAUGAUCCAGAAUUAUUACUGAAUAUUAUUUACUCUAAGAUAAAUAAUACCUACAAAAUUAUUUACAUGAGAUUAGAUAUUCUAUAUUAUAU